CACAUGCAUGCAGGCAGGUGACCGAGGAGAGAAAUUGAUUGAUUAACUCACGCCCUGCUGAUCGUUCCAUAUAAGAACCCCACCACGCCUCCUGUGCCCUCUCGCGCCCCCGCUCCCACCUCCAUCGAUCACCAAGUCAUCAUUUCGCUUCAGCGAGUUAAACUCCGAUCAAUUCCCCCCCACAUCACCACAUUCCCGGCUCUAGCUCACUGGAAUCGAGCCCUGAUCGAGCUCUGCUAACUACUGCAGACAGAAAAGGGGCCGGGGGCGAUCGAUGGACAUGUUGUCGUCGCACCCUCACGAGGCCAUGCUGCCGUACGUGCCGCGGCCGCCGCCGUCGCUGCUGGUGGACCGGCGGGCGUACAAGACGGGCGCGGAGGUGGCGCCCAACUGCCCGCGCUGCGACUCGCCCAACACCAAGUUCUGCUACUACAACAACUACAGCCUCACCCAGCCCCGCUACUUCUGCAAGGGCUGCCGCCGCUACUGGACCAAGGGCGGCUCCCUCCGCAACGUCCCCGUCGGGGGCGGCUGCCGCAAGAACCGCCGCGGCAAGUCUUCUUCGUCGUCGUCCAUGCGGUCGUCCUCCGCGUCCGAUUCUUCCUUCUCCGGCGCCGGCCGUGACGCGGGCCCGUUCGGGAGUCACCGGUUCGGUAGUGCUACCGGCUCGCUCCGGCCGGACAUGGUCCUCGAAGGCAUGGUCGGCAACAACCCGGCCGACCCCGGCCACGACAUGCGCACGGCGGCUGACGCGUCCACCAUCGACCUCGCAAUGCUCUACUCCAAGUUCCUCAACAACCAGCAGCCGGGAAACAACAACGCCGUCACGCCUGAGUCGGCCGGCGGGCACGUCAUGGACGACGGGUUCGACACGUUCAGCGGGUCCAGCGACGUCCUGAGACCGGGCGUCCUGGCCGCGCCGGGCGGGCACUUUGACUUGAGCCCCCAGGACGGGUUCGGCGAAUGGUCCGGGCCACUGAGCAGCGCCGGCGCCGCGGGGAACCCGGCGAGCGCGACCAGCACUACUACGAGCGCCAUGCUGUGCACUGACGCGAGCGUGCAAGCGGCGCUCGGCGAGCUCAACUUCGUCAUGGACCAGAGCUGCUUCGACGCGCUGGGGUUGCCGAUGCCGGCGGAAGACGGCGGCGCUUCUUCCGUUGGUAACGACCUCUCCUCGUGGUGCUCGAUCGUGCCGAGCCUGUCCACGUGGGAGGAGCCCAAGUACGAUUCGCUGGAUUCGUUCCCUGACGACGCCCUGAGCCUCCAUGAUCACGGCAUCCUUGCCGCCGAUCAUGACUGGAGCGCGGAUUGCCAAGGAUUGGAGGCGCUCUACAUGCCUUGAGUAUACAGUUACAAUUCAUUCCUCUUGCUGAUUAUUUUGGUGUUAUUCUUGUGUUGUCAGGCUUUUUUUUCUUUUUUUUUCUUUCUUUCAACUUUUGGUUUGAAGGAAUUAUAUACAUAUACAUACUAGAUACAUUACGUAUGUUCUAAAGAGGAGAGGAGAGAUGAGGUAAAAUACUCAUGUGAAGGAAUUAAUUAAGGCAACAAAAUAAAGUUUGAAAUACUUCAUAACA